GCCAAAGACUAUGAAGGCUGCGCUGGAACGAAUAAACCAAGCCCUUCCACAAAUCCACGGAAUCUUAAGCAUUGUUGAAAGGGGGCAGAUCUGCGAACAAAACAAAGCACUUAAUGCAUGGCUCUGGCAACUAAGAGAUGCCGUCGAAGAGGCAGAGGAUGUUCUCGAUGAGUUGAAGUACUACGAGCUGGAGAAGAAAGCAAAUGCUCAUGAUGACAAGGUGAGCGGCUCUGUCUUUGAACCUAAGAGAAAACUCUUUACUUUCCAUAAUCAUUCCUUUAGUGAUGACACUUUAAAGAGGUUAAGGGAGGCUGUAAAGGGGUUGGAUAAGGUUGCUGCCAAUGUCGGCCCUUUCCUUCAACUUGUUACUGGGUUGUAUGGUAAUGGUGUUAAGCUUCAACAGCUGGAUGAAAUCAAGAAUGCUCGCGAAACUAGCUCAUUUGUAAUAGAAAACUGUGUGCUUGGCCGAGAAAAAGAGAAGAAAAUGAUCGUUGAAUGGUUGACGAGACCAGUAGGUGAUAAGCCUGAGCCCUCUGCAGCUGCCAAUGUCUCUGCUUUGGCAAUAGUUGGCAUAGGAGGGUUGGGGAAGACCACUCUAGCUCAACUAAUCUACCAUGAUGAAAGUGUACAAAAGUACUUUGAUGCACUUAUGUGGGUAUGCGUUUCUGAUUGCAUCAAUGCCGCAAUGCUAACAAGAAAGAUUCUAGAAGCAUCUAAGAUUGGGGAGAACUUUGGCGACAAGAGUCCAAUGCUAACAAGAAAGGUUCUAGAAGCAUCUAAGAUUGGGAAGAACUUUGGCGACAGUCUAAAUACUCUUCAAGAGGUUCUUAAAGAGAAUUUGGCGAAAAAGAAGUUUCUGCUCAUAUUAGAUGACGUUUGGAAUGAUGAUAAAGAAAAUGAAUGGGAGAAAGUGGUGGCUCCCUUGAAAUGUGGACAAAGAGGAAGCAAGAUCUUGUUGACAACUCGAAUGAACUCAGUGGCGGAUAUGAUUGCAAAAGCGACGAAAGGAGAAAACGAAAUUUUUAAACUCGAUGGGUUAGAAGAAAAUAGUAAUUUGUUGCUUUUCAAGAAGCAUGCAUUUGCCGGAGUGAACCCUGAUGAUCAUAAAAGCUUGCUGCUGAUAGGCAAAAAGAUAGCAAAGAAGCUAAUGGGUUGUCCAUUGGCAGCAAAGGUAAUAGGGGGACUUCUGAACUCUUUUAUGGAUGUUGGGUACUGGAUCAGAAUCUUGAAGAAAGACAUUGAAAAUAUAGAACAAGAUGAGGACGGCAUCAUGACACUUCUAAGAUUGAGCUAUCAACAUCUACCCACCAACUUGCAAAUUUGCUUUAGGUAUUGCUGUAUAUUUCCUAAAGACUAUCAGUUUAAAAAGGAUGAGUUGAUUUACAUGUGGUUAGGUUCAGGGUUGAUUCAAAACUCUAGACAUGGAGAGAGGCCAGAGGAUAUUGCCGGGAUGUAUUUAGAUCAUCUAACAAGAAAAUCAUUCUUUGAUCGCAAAUCAAAAAUAGGCGCUAGCGAAUCUGACCAACAUUACAUUAUGCAUGAUCUACUACAUGCCCUAGCACGAUCAGUUUCUUCAGGGGAAUGUUUGAGAGUAGAAGGCGAUAGUUCAAGAAAUAUCCCAGAAACAGUUCGCCAUAUAUGCAUUGAAACAAAAAAUCGUCUUGCAAUCAAAGAGGUCUCACAUCUCAAGAACUUGCGCACCCUUGUUAUAAAUUUUAGGUACUGUGAUCCUGAGCCAGAUCGACAAUUCGUACUUUCUGAAGUUCUGAAGGAGUUAAAAAGAGUACGCUUAUUGAGCUUAACUACAUCUAUCAUAUUUAAGUUGCCUGAACUAGUUCGUGAUUUAAUACACCUACGAUACCUAUCUCUUCAGCACUGUUCAGGAGAAGACUUAAUGGAUUUAAAUCCCCAAUUGCCACAUGCUAGAGAAUAUCUACAAAAUUGGUUUCUUAAUUCAGCUUACAGGCUUUAUCAUCUCCAAGUACUAAGAUUUUCAGUACUUCCUACGAUAACCUUUGAGAAAAUAGACAUGGAUGGCAUAAACAACCUGGUUAAUUUGCGACAGCUACACAUUUCUGGUCAUAUAAUAACCAAGAUACCUUGGAUCGGCAAACUAACCUCCCUUCAAUCACUAAAUGCUUUUAAUGUCCGGAAUGAGAAUGGAUUCAAAAUAAGUGAACUAAAGGACCUAAAACUUCUUCGUCAAUUAUAUGUCAGGAAUCUUGAGAAUGUAAGGAACACCAAAGAGGCUAUAGAGGCCAAGUUGAAUGAAAAAGAGAAUCUUGCAUUGUUGUCCUUAGCAUGGACUUCAGGUCACUCCACUGACCUACAGAUGGAUGAGCAACUAUUUGAUAUCCUCCGACCACAUAUCAAUCUCAAGAAACUGAAAGUUGAUGGUUAUGGUGGUACAAGAUCUCCAUAUUGGAUGGCAAAUCUCUCUCUCUCCAAUCUGAGAUCGAUUGAACUAUUCAACUGUCACAGAUGGCAACAGCUCCCACCUGUUAACCGGCUACCAUUGCUCAACUAUCUCCAUCUGAAUGGAAUGCAGGCAAUAAAACAAGUAGAAUUUUCAAUCAAUGAGAGCGGUGUUGCUUGUGCCUUUCCUUCCCUGAAGGAGAUAAGAUUUGUGGACAUGCUAGAGUGGGAAGAGUCGGUUGGAAUUGAGAACAGGUACCUAUUUCCUCAGCUUCAGACACUAGAGAUUAGAAAUUGCCCUAAGUUGAGGGGACUACCCACCCUGCCUAUCAGUCUAAGAAGAUUAGCAAUCAAUAAUGUUGGGUUUGCAGCUCUUCCACAAAUACGUCAGGACUGUAGCAAUAGCAGCAGAAGGGCGUCAUUGUUGGAACCUUCACUUUAUUCUUUGACCAUCAACAAUUGCCAAAACCUUACUUCUCUAAAUGAAUGGCUUCUGCAACAACAGCAACAUAUAAAGGCUCUUGAGGAAUUAUCCAUCCAAGGAUGUAGAAAGCUAGUGCACCUGCCAGUGGAGAUGUUUGCAGAACUACUUUACCUUAAAAAACUAACUAUUAAAGAGUGUGAACAGCUGGAGACGCGGGAGCUCCAAGACAAUAGCCUGCCCUCAAAACUCCAAGAACUCACUAUUGGAUCGUGUGGUGACCUCGACGGCUCAUUGCUCAAGUCAUUGCCAGGCCUAACCUCUCUCACUCAGUUGAAACUCUAUGACUGUGCAAAGAUAUCAUCCCUUGCCUCAGGAGAAGUGCUUGCAAAUUUGACAGCAUUGCGCUGUUUGGAAAUUCUAAACUGCAAAAAGCUAGAAUCAUUGGAUGCAAUAAAAAGUCUCUCAUCCCUCGUGUACUUGUCAAUCUACGGAUGUGACAAGAUUGUUGAGCUCUCAUUGCAGCAGGCACCAUUGGCCAUUGAUACUGAACAAGGGGAUGUGGAUGAUUCCUCUUUAAAUCUUGAUAAACUCGAAAUUGAUCGCCACACAAUUCUACAUAUGGAGCCAUUAAGAAACCUCAGCUCCACCAAAAGGUUGACUAUCAAUGGCGGUCCACUACUUGAGUCCUUACCUGAGGGAUGGUUGCUGCAAAACCGCACCUCCCUCCAAGAAAUUAAGGUGAAAAAUGCCAUCUGCCUUCAGUCCCUACCAUCGAGCAUCGCAAGCCUCUGCAACCUGCAAACUUUGUAUGUAUUCAAUGCUCGUCUGAUCCAGUCACUUCCAGACUUUCCUGCCACACUGAAUACCCUGUGCAUCUCAGACUGUCAACAAACGCUAAAGGACCGCUGCAGAACGGAUAUGGGCCUUGAUUGGUGCAAGAUCGCCAAAAUUCCUAAUAAGAAGAUUACAGAGAAGUUACCUGCGGAGGGUAUCUGAUGAUAUGCCUCAUCUCACCAGCAUUAUUUCGUUUCUUUUCUCCUAACUUCAUUUAUAUCUAAAUGAUUUACAUCUUGCUAAACUUUACUUCUAUUAUAAGGUAAUUUACUUCUUGGUUGAUUA